CAAUAAAUAAAGAAACUGAACAGCAACGCGGGCUAUAAAAGCGAAUCGCAGCCGCAGAUUGCAAUUCAGACGCGCACAAUCAAGCAAGUGGCAUUAGCUCCCAACCGGAAACGGAAGUGAGACUGCUGAGUAAACAAAUACAACUGCGAAUAAGAAGCGAGCAAAGCGAAGAUUUGCCGGCAUAUCUUGCAUAACUGAUAUACUCCAAUUCAUUGCAAAUCCAAACAAAAUGCAAUCCGUGAGCAGACAAACGGCGCGAGUCCUGCCUCAACUGGGCAAGCAAGUGAGCUACCUAUCGACGAGCGGCGCCUGGAAGGCAUCAGCCAGCGGUGGCGACAUGGUCGUCGAAAUCAAGGAGCCAAAGACGCGCACCGAGAAGCUAAUGGCCUUCCAGAAGAAGCUGCGCGCCAAGACGCCGCUGGGCAAGCUGGACGAGUUCUCGCGCCAUCCCUACCAGGAGCAGGAGCCCCUCAAGCCGUGGCCCAACCAGACCAAUCCCUACACGGGCGAGAUUGGCGGACCCGCCGGACCGGAGCCCACGCGCUACGGCGACUGGGAGCGCAAGGGUCGCGUCUCCGACUUCUAGUGCUCACAAAGAGUUCCUUGACUAGUACUUAGACUGUUAUUUAAAUGCUACCUAUUAAGACUUAAAACCACAUGAAAAUGUAUACUUGUUUAGUGUAAAGAAAAAAUACAUGAUAUUCUUAACGUUCACAA